AUGACAUCCAACGGAUCUGCUCGUACAUCGAGCAAGGGCAAGGAGCGACAAGCGAAUCAGGAGCCAGAUGAGAGCAACAUCCCACCUGCUUUCAAUGUGCUCCCGCCUGUCUCUGCACCAGGCUCGUACUUCCCUCAGUCUCAAUCUACGUCCAGCUUGUCACCCUACCUCACGAGCGAUCGUCGGACAAAGAGCCACGCGACCAGCUCGGUCAUUGCCGACGAUGCAAGCUCAGAGACGAGCAGUUCGACGUCUACGGGACCCAGCAAUCUAGGACAGCGUCCACGGUCGAGCUCGAUGUACGUUCACUCUGCUACGUCGUUUCCAAGGCGGAUACAAGCAGCCUUGCCGCUCGCGUUGGACUAUCUCGACUUUUCCGGCCUACGCGCUUUACUGCUCGGUCAUGUCAAUCAGGCAGAGGAGACGCUCAAGACGGUCAGGGAGGAGUUUUCGGGCAGCGAGAACGAGUGGUCGCAUGAGUCUGAUGGGGAAGGCGAGAGCGACGAGACGGACAACGAGACCAAUGGCCACUCAGAUCCGAUCAGAGCCAACGUCAUCAUCGAUCCUACAGAGGGCGCAGUACAGCCUUCGACGCUACGGCGUCGGCGACGCAGGCGAGAAGAGCGAGCAAAUAGUACGGCAAGUGCUCCGCCUUCAUCAUCCAGUCUGCACACCAAUAUGCCCGCGCCAAGGAGCUUAGACGCACUCAUGGAUCAAUUAUCUGCCUACCUCGCAUCCAUGAAGUCUGAGCUACUGUCUGCGACCAGCAUACCCGCCACACCGGGGAGUAUCACGCUUGCAGGUCCAGCAGCCCGUGCAAAGCUAGAAGAACUCGUCACAAGCCUCGAAGCACUCGGCGCAUCUGCCUCGGCUUCCCGUGCGACAAUGGUCACCUCACUCACCGCUCAUCUCGAGCGACUGCGCGAUGCAGUCGAUGUGCGCAACAGGGCGGAAUGGCAGUGGCCCAGUGUUCCGCUCACGCCUGGUCAAUCCCGCGUGCCUUCCAUCUCGACAGUGCAAGCCUACUUUCGAGCAGAAUCUGACCGAUUGGCUCGAGCUAUAUCGAAAUUGCCGGACAUUGAUACUAUACAUAUACCACACAAUCCGCUCUCCGAUGCGCUCAAGACGGCAAAGACGGCCAGACACUAUUUACAUGAUUAUGAUCGUGCAGAGGACGAGCUAUACGCUAGAGCUCUAGAACUGGGCAAGACGAGACUACUUGUCUAUGACGAAUUACCUCAGGAGUGGCGAAACAAUGCCUUUAUCAUCUCUGGCUAUCGCUUUAUACCCAUGGAACGCUGGCGUGCUCUUUUUGCAAGCUUCUUUGGCUGGCACAACGAGACUCUCAAUAUUCACACGCACGUGGUCGGCUCGGUAUUCGUGGCAUACUUGCUGGCCAACUUCAGCAGUCUUGCGCCCAUCGAGACCGACUUGCCCUACUCGCCCAUGGAUAGAUUCGUCAAUGCGCUCUUUCUCGUCGCAGCCAUCAAGUGUCUCGUUUUGUCAGCUAUCUGGCAUCUCUUCGCAGGCUGCGCAUCCCGUCGUGUCUUCAUCGGCACAGCCUGUCUAGACUAUAUCGGCAUCUCCGCCCUCAUCGCUGCCUCUGUCAUCUCGCUCACAUGGUACGGCCUACGAUGCAACGAAGAGAUUGCGAUGCCCUAUAUCUACUUUAUUGGCGCAGUGGGACUGCUGGGCAUGUACUUGCCAUGGAAAGAAUGGUUCAACAAGCGCGAGAACAAAGGCUGGCGGAUCGCUUUCUUCCUCAGCAUGUGCGCCUCUGCCGUUGCUCCUCAAGCUCACAUGGCUUGGAUGUACGGACUCGUCGAGACGAUCACCUUUUUCAUUCCGGCUCUGUGGUCAGUUGCAGCCUACGUCGCUGGGCUGGUCCUGUAUGCGCAAAAUUGGCCAGAAAGUAUAGGAAAGAAAGGUGCUUUCGAUUGCGUUGGUCACAGCCACCAGUUCUGGCAUCUCGCAAUCUGUCUGGCUAUAUGGCUCCACUGGCGAGCACUGGGCAUCUUGCACACAGAGGGUUCGAUCGCCUUUUCGUGCGCGACUCAGCCUAUGCCUGCGCUCAUUGCGCACGCUGCCUCGGUCAUCAAGUCUGACUCGGUGCAUUUCUUCAAGCAGAUCGUACUCGCUUUCAGCAAAGGAUAG